AUUUUCUUGAAAAAUUUAAUUUCUUAUUUACAAAAUAAUAAAAAAUAAAAGAACAAUUUAAGAAGAAAUUUUAUUUAGAAUUGCUUUAAAAUGAAGAAAAUUUUAAUCUUCUCCAUUACUUUAAAUUUGCUUUUAUAAUAGAUAUUCACUUAAAAAUACAUAUAAUCUAAUUCUUCCUAGUCUGAUGUAAUGGAAUUUGCUCGUUACGGUUCUACUUAAUAUUGUGGGAAAGUUGACUAAACUGCUAAUUUAUCCAAUAACUUCUCUUAAUAAUUCAAUAGUGUUCCAUAAAUAUUUAUUGGAAUUCUCUUCUUUGAUUUAGGUACAACUACUUUAAGAAAUGCCUUCAAUUUUACAGUAAAAAGUGUUAAUUAAAAUCAAGUCUCCAUUUAAUUAAAUAAAUAUGGAGAAACAUGCAUAUUCGGAAUCAAAAUAUCAUACUUUGCAACAGUAGAUCAAGAUGUUUAAAUAUAAAAUUAUAUUCUUACACUUAAUCAGCUCUCUGAUAUUUAAACAUAAAACAAUAAGUAAUAUUAAUUUAAAAUUCCAUAGAAAUUAGGCUACUAAAGAGGAGUUUAAUGUGCAAUAACAGGAUUUGACUCAAUUUACUCAACUCCACCAAGCACCGAUACUAAUUAUUCACAUCGAAAUUUAGCUACUGCAACAUAAGUUGACUCAUCAAACAACUUUUACUAAAUAUAAAUAGAAGCUCCUGAUUUAUCAGUAAAUCUUAAAAUAAUUUAUAUAAAUUGCAUAGAAUAUUAUAUCUGGUAAGCAGAUGAUUACUCUAUGAUUAAUAAUAUUUAAUAAGAAUAGACAACAUAAUCAAUCACAUCAAAUUAUAAUUUUUAAAUAAAUCUUGAUUCGUCUUUUAUAGGAAAUUCAAUCACAUCAUUUUUAGGACUAUAAUAAUUUGACUUGUCUUAAUAAGCGGCUUUAAGAUUGGAAUAUAAUCACUUUUUUUUUUUAAAUAAUUAAUAUUAUUUUUAAGUAAAUACAUGGAGUUCGAGUAUUUUAUAUUCUUCAAAAGCUCUAUUCUUUUAGCAUUAAAUGAUAGACUGCAAAUCUAGCUUUAAUGAAAUAAAUUCAAACGAUUUAAAAAAAUGUGUUUCAAAGUGUUAAGAUGGUUAAUAUGCAGUUCAAUUUUAAACUACUUAAGUAUGUAGCAACUGUGAUCCAAGCUGCCUAACUUGUUAAAAUUCCUCUACAUAAUGCUUAAGUUGUCCUUAAGGUUUGUUUCUUUACAAUUAAAAGUGUAUUCAAUGUUGUAAGAGUUUAAAUUAAUUGGAAAUGUGUUAAACGUAAUUUUUAUUAGAUUAAGCAACAGGUAAAUGCUACUGCUCUAACCCUUAAUAGUAUUAUUCAACUGAAUUAUAAUCAUGCUUUUAAAAUAACAUUCAUUUCUGUAAAGUCUCAUCCAAAUUUUAAAAUACUUGUGAAUAAUGUCAAGAUGGAUAUUACAAUUAUAAUAAAUUGAUUUGUAGCUAUUGUGGAAAAUCGAAAUAUACAGACUCCCAAAAUUAAUGUAAUAAUGACUGCUAACCUUAGUGUAUAAUAUGCUCAAAUAAAUCAACAUGCCUUCUCUUUUAAGAUGAAGUAAAUUCUAAUACUAAUGGAAAUUUGCCAAUUAAUCCAAACUAAAAUAUUUGCCAUUAUAGUUGUGGUUAAUGCAACGGAAGUGGGUAAUCUAAUUGCCUAACUUGUAGCUCAUAAACAAGAGUUUAUGAUAUCUAAUAGCAAACAUGCAAUUGUAAAAGUGGUAAAUUUGAUAAAGGGGAUGCUGAGUGUUAGACAGCUUUUGACUUUUAAUAAAACUAUCUUUGGAUAUUAUAAACUAUUUUUAUAAUAUUUUUAAUCACUCAAUCCACCUUGGUGUUUUCCAGUUAAUUUAGGAAAGCAAAUUUGAAUUUUUAUUUAAUAUAAUAAUUAAUUUUUAUAAGUUAUGAUAAUACUCUAAGUAUGUCACUAAACUAUGCCUAAACGAUGAAAUAAUUUUAGUAUUUAAGUUUGGUUACUGCUAUACCUAUAUCAAUAGUUGAUGAAAGCAAUUCAUAAAUAAUUUAAGAAUGCAAUUAAAUAGUAAUUUUAUUAAUAUUUUAAGUCGCUGCUCUUUCAAUUUUUUUUAUCUAAUAUUUUUUGAAAUACCAAAAACUAAAGUACUUUGACAAAGAAAUACUGUUUAGCUGUAAUAGAUUAACAUCGACAAUAAAUAUAGCAUUAAUUCUUUAGCUAAUAAUAAAAGAAAUUAAAAAUAUUUAUAAAUCAACGCUUGUUUUGCUUGUAAUUGCAUCAUUAGUUUAGCUAAUUCUAUAAAUAAUUGUUUUUAGAAAGAUCUAUUUGGAUUAUAAAGGCAAUUUUUUAAUUACAUCACAAUAAAAGAAUACAUUGAAUUUAUCUUUAAUAUAUAAAUAUCCAUACAUUUCAUUUUAAACAAGAGAAUAAUAUCUUAUUUUAAAAGCUAUCUUAGAAGUAAAAAGAAUUAUAAAUGCUUUAGUGUUUGCAUUGUUCAGUUAAUAUGGAUAUUAAUAUUAAAUACUUAGUGGUAUUUCUCUAUUCAUAAUAAUUAUAAUCUUAUACUUAAAGCCCUUUCAUAGCUUACUAGCCAAUCUAGAAGCCAUAGUUAUAGAAUUUCUAAUAUCUUCUUGCUUUCUUCUUCAUUCAUUUUACAGUAAAAAUAUAUUUUAAAAUAAUGAUGCUUCUUACCUUCUAUUUAUAAUGAUUACAAUAAUUUUUGUCUAAUUAUUUGCUAUUAUUUAAUGUACAAUUUAAAUUUUAUUUUUCAUUUAUUAAAAAAUAAAAUCGUAUAAAUCUAAAUCAUCAAAUUAAGCUACAAUCGAGCUCCUUCCUCAAUAUAUUUAAAAAGAUACAAUAGAUCAUAUUCUUGCUUCUAAAAUGUUUAAUUACAAAGUAUUUAGAGUAAAAAAUAAUAACAGACUUUAAAUAUGA